AUUUAUCAAAGGAAGGGGAAGUUGACAUUUAAGGUCAUUAUAUCCUGUAGUUUUCGUGCUGUUGGGAGACAAUAACUUGUAAAUCUGAAGUUGUAAUUUCCUUUGUAAAUCCAUCGCGCGUUCUAAAAAUAAACUGUUUAUCUGGAUCAUCGGAAUCGAAACACGUUAAAAAUUUGGAUGAGACAAGUAAAGACAAAGAAAAUGCCGCUGGCGCAGACGACCAUCCGACAGUGAUUUGGCAGAUAGUUUAGCGUUUUCCAAAACAUGCUCAAUUUGUGGAAGCAGUAGCUUAUAUUUGUUCAUACCGAUAGUCAGAAAAACUAAAUCGAAAACAUGAAGGUAACUGUGACAACUUUAACGGAUUUCAUUUUUGUGUUGGACGUGUCAGAGGAAUUGGAGUUGGAAAACUUCAAAGCUUUUUGCGAAAUUGAAUCGGGAUUUCCUGCCUCGGAAAUCGUGAUUGCUUUCAAUGGAAUGCCCUUAAUGGAUAACAAGAAGUCGCUGAAGGACCUUGGGAUACGUGACGGGGAUGCAGUUAUUUUGCAGCACAUGCUUUCCGGAUCUCAAACUAACAUUGAUCAAAACUCCUCCGUUUCAAGUUUUGACUUCAGCAACAUUCAAGUUCCUAACAGUAUGCGAAACAGAAACACCGAAGAUGACCCUGUUUUGAUAAGGGACAUGUUUUUGGCUAAUCCAGAUCAGCUUGCUUUGUUGAAGCAAAACAAUCCGCGCCUAGCCGAUGCCUUGCUCAGUGGAAACAUUGAUACAUUUGCGUCUGUAUUAAAAGAUCAAGUAACAGCAAGGCAGGAAAGAGAACAACAAAGACUGAGAAUGGCGAAUGCUGAUCCCUUUGAUACCGAAGCUCAAAGACUUAUAGCUGAAGAAAUUAGACAAAAAAAUAUUGAAGCUAACAUGGAAGCAGCCAUGGAAUAUAAUCCUGAGUCCUUUGGCACUGUCGUUAUGCUAUAUAUUAACUGCCAUGUUAACGGGUUUCCAGUAAAAGCUUUUAUUGACUCAGGUGCUCAAACCACAAUAAUGUCCAGCAGAUGUGCGGAACGAUGCAACAUAAUGAGGUUGGUAGACACAAGAUGGGCAGGCAUAGCCAAAGGUGUUGGAGUACAAAGGAUUAUUGGCAGAAUUCAUAUGGUGCAGAUUCAGAUUGAAAAUGUUUAUCUGACCACUAGUUUUUCAGUACUAGAAGAGCAACCAAUGGAUAUGUUGUUGGGUCUUGAUAUGCUCAAACGGCAUCAAUGUUGUAUCGAUCUGCACGCGAAUGUACUGAGAAUUGGAACCACCAGCACUGAAACUCCAUUUUUAUCCGAAAGCGAUCUCCCAGACUGUGCAAGACUGAGUACUAUAUCCGAUGAAGAUGUGAUACAAAAAUCGCGAAAAGAGGUAGAAGAUAACGAUUUGCAAACUGCGCUGAAUAACAGCAGACAAGGUGCGCCUAGAGGCACUUCAAGUAGUAGUAGUUCCUCCACCACUGUUCCAGUUCCAGAGAACACGACUCAAACAGACCGAAUAUUGCCUAGUGAUUCAUUCACACAAAGCGACGUCGACGGGUUAGUAGCUUUAGGAUUUACAAAGCAGCAAGUGUUCUUCGAACUUCGCAGAUUUAACGGAGACAAGACGCAAGCGACUGCCGCCCUUUUUGCAAAAUCUCUAGUUUUUUAAUAGGUUAGUAAUCUUUUUUCAUGGAUGUAUUGUGAAUUUCGUAAGUGUACUUUUUGUAUUGUCAGAUUUUUCAUUUAGUUUGGAAUAAGUUACAAGAGUGAUUCAACUAGUGUGAGGAUAAAAGCGGGCUUUUUAUAUUUAGCCAAAUCGUCGGCAGUCCAUUUGCAAUAUGACUCAGGGAUGUGAAAUCUGAAUAUUGAGAUUUCCUGGUCAUUUAGCCUAAUACACUCUAUUACGUGGGGUUGGUUGUAUCUUAUAUUUACAGCAAUAAAAGCAAUUUGUUUUACCA